AUGAUAGUCCACCGCCUCAAAAAGGCCCAUAGAGCUCUCUCCGCCAUCAUCCCCGCCUGCUGGAUAUUUCAUCUGUUCAGUCUGAUGGUAGCCACCAACUUCAGCCCCGGCGCCACCCCCAGUAUGGCCCAUCGCCUGGCCUCGUCAAGCCUUCUCAUCUUUCUUGUGUGCCGGUUGAUUGUCCACCUCCGCCCGAAUUACUCCCACCCCACCACCUCAAAGACAAACAGCAACCAUUCCCUCGACCACCACCACUGGGCCCAUGAGCAAACACCCCCGCAAAUCCGUCUUUCUGUUUCUGAUCUGCAACGCAAUCCGGCCUCGCGACCUCCUCUCCGCGGGCGUCCUACUAUGCACGCUCGGCAUGUUCUCCUUGUGCUGUUCCUGUUUGUCGUCCUUGGCUUGGAUCCGACCAUGACUACCACCACUGACGCCCGCGAAUUGGGACUCCGCGCCUGGACCGUGGCCUCGCCCACCGGGAGGGAGGAUCUGGCCGACAUGUGGCCGCCCGAGAUGACGCGGAAUAUGGCGUUGAUUUACGAGAGGAUGAUCGAGGGAGGGGGGGGGAUUAACCCGGACACGGCGGUGCAGUGGAUGCUCACGUGGUGGUUUGAGGUCUUAUUGGGUCUGGCGUGGUUAGGGUUGGGGUGGUAUGUGCUGGGCCUGGCGGGAAAGGCUCUAUGGCGGGUUUUGGUGGGUGCUCCAUCCAUCGGAAGGGUUGCUCCUCGACAGUCGGUGGUAGGGGAUGAAGAGAAAGGCAUUUCUGGGGUUGUUGACGAGGUGGAGAAUGUUGAAGGUGGUGGGAGGCAGGGAGGAAAGCGGGAGACGGAGACGUUGAGGUUUCAGGGGGAGGCGAGGGUGGAGUAG